UCCUAUCGUGCCACUUUCAGGAUCAGUAUACCGGAGAGACUUCCAGGGAGAGUAAGAGAGAGAAUUGUUUGUGUGCAGAAAAUGGAGAAGCCAACAGAAAUCAGCAGCGCAAAAAUGUUUGAUGGACACAACAAGAGAUACAAACACUUCAGUCCCACAUUAGGCUGUUCCAUGACCUUCCAUAUCUACUUUCCUCCUUCAUCCUCCCCUUCUCACAAAUUUCCAGUACUUUAUUGGCUUUCCGGCCUAACGUGCACGGAUGAGAACUUUAUAGCCAAAUCUGGUGCUCAGCGUGUUGCCUCAAGUGAGGGUGUUGCGCUGAUUGCCCCGGAUACUUCUCCAAGAGGCUUGAAUGUUGAAGGAGAAUCAGACAGCUGGGAUUUUGGCGUCGGUGCUGGGUUUUAUCUCAAUGCGACACAAGAGAAGUGGAAGAAUUGGCAGAUGUAUGACUAUAUUGUGAAGGAAUUACCAUUACUUCUUACUGAAAAUUUUCCACAGCUUGAUACAUCACGAGCAUCUAUCUUUGGUCAUUCGAUGGGCGGGCAUGGAGCACUGACAAUCUACCUCAAAAAUUUGGACAAGUACAAGUCGGUUUCAGCUUUUGCACCCAUUGUCAACCCUAUAAAUUGUCCCUGGGGUCAGAAAGCUUUCACAAAUUACUUGGGUGAAAAUAAAGCUGCUUGGCAGGAGUAUGAUGCCACUUGUCUCAUAUCAAAAUUCAACAAUGUUUCUGCUACGAUUCUAAUUGAUCAGGGAGACGAGGACAAAUUCUUAAAGGAACAAUUGCUGCCGCACAAGUUUGAGGAGGCAUGUCGAAAGGUUAAUGUUCCACUUCUCCUCCGCAUACAGCCCGGUUAUGAUCACUCCUACUAUUUCAUCGCCACCUUCGUUGAUGAUCAUAUCCGUCAUCAUGCCCAAGCGCUUAAACUGUAAUGCAAUAUGAACUUUACUUUUCCUAGACUUUGAAUGUAUUACCUAAACUCCAAAUCUGUUCUUGGUGUGGAACUUGAAAAGGUUGGUAGGCAGAAUGAAUGAUGGAAAUGGGAUUCUUUCUUUUUCUGCCAUAAUAUCUUAUGAAUUUCUAGUUGUGUUUAA